AUGCCGCGCACUCUGCCCGUGCCGGACUCGUCCGGGGAGGAAGACCUCGUGGACGAGCCGUCGCCCUCGCGGAGCUCCCCGGUGCCCGACUACGAGUCGCUGGCGUGGCUGCUGCGCACCCGGGCGGCCAGGCUGAAGCACGAGAUGUGUGAAAAAUUUACUGUGUGUGAAAACAGCAUGGAAAUGCUUGUCCAAAGCCAUCUGAAACUCCCCAAAAUCCUGGAAGAAGAUGGCUGCUUACCGUCUGGAUUCAACAAGGAGAAAUGCUUGACAAAGAUCUCCAGUGGCCUUUUUGCAUUUCAAACAUAUCUGGAAUAUAUACAUGUACAAGAAACAUUUAUUAGUGAAAAACAAAAAAUUGAAACCAUAUGGUAUGGCACAAAGCACCUGGCAAACACUGUGAGGCAGAUGAUGAAAAAUCCUGAUGCAGUGCCCAUACCAGACCAAACCAGUGAGAAAACACUUCUUGAAAAACUGAAGGCAAAUAAAAAUUGGAGAGAGAAAAUUGCCACUCAUUUCAUCCUCAGAGAUUUUACUUCAUUUAUGGAGAAAACAGUGAGGGCUCUUCGAUACAUAAGAAAAACCAGGAGUUCAAGUGCUUGAAUGUUUUAAUUCAGGCACCUUCCUUUUCACAAAAUCUGUCAUGUGGCAGAUGACAGUGUUGUUCUAUUUUAAGAACCAAAGCUCUAAUAAUAAGCGUUUCCAUUUAUAAAUUGUAAAAUCACUAGGAUUUCUUUUGGGGAAUAUAUUUAUUAUAUUUAAAAUAUUUAUUCAUUUAUAAUAAUGCUUAUUUAUAUUUCCAAUAUUUACAGAAAAUUUAAACAGAGUAUCUAUUUUAUUUGUUUCUACUGACAUUAUUUGCAAUAUCAGUUGUCACUUCCUAUAUAGCCAACAAAAAUACACUUGAAAGGGCUGUUAUCUAGAAAAAAACUGAAUGUAUAACUUAUUUUCUUCAUGUCUGAAAUUUUGUAUUUAAAUCUAUUUAUAUUUUUUUAAAACAAAAUGUAACUCUUUUAAAAGAAGUUUUUGGCAUUUAAUAAAGGUAUGAAAAUUCUCAAAUAUCCAAGUUUCUAUCUCUACACCUAUUUAUAUGGCAGUUCAUCAUCAUUCAACAGCCACUCUGGAAGUAUUUGAUUGUUGCUUAUUUUUGGAGCGAGGCGAUAUGAAGGUUUGUUAGUUUUGUAGAACUAGAUAAAAGCAUAAAAAACUAGCAAACUUGCCAGAGAAAAGUGUGGAAAAAUCUUAACAGAAAUAUGACAAUUAUGCUGGAAAUGUGGAAACUGUGAAACAUCUUAACAGCAGUUAUAAAAGCAAUUAUGACAAUUUGCCCCAAACAAUACAAAGAAAAAAAAUCCUACUCCCAGCAAGCAAUAAUAAUUCACAAUUUAUACCACUACUUCCAGUGGAAACAGGAAUCUUAAUUUUUGAGUGGGUAAGGCUAACGUAUUGCAGAACAUCAGACUUGAUGCAUAAAUUCCUUUCCUGAAGUCCUACAUAAGACCAUCUACUAACCAGCAGGGCCAGCCUACACUUAAAACGCAGCAAGGAACAGGAAAGUGAACAGAACUCCACUAUAAAUGCAUAUGCUUCAUGCACCCAAGCUUGAAGAACAUCUGGGCAGCAGUACACAUAUAGCAUGUGUGUAUUCUGACUCUGUAUGCUGUGCAUCUAGGGCAGAGCUGUCCAAGAUCUGAGUGGCUGGGGACCACAGGCCACCCCAGCCAUACACCAUGCGGGCCACACACUCCUGGGCUACAUGCCACGCUGCACCACAGAACCCCUUCACAUGGGCCCCUGACAUCUGAACCCUACACACUGCACAGGCCACUAACAGGUUGUACAAGACCCCAACACUGAAUGAA